AAAUAAUUGCUAGUAAGGGCCAGUGUCUGGAGAAGGCUCUGGGGUUGGAUUGUCAGGUUAUAGAUAAUCUAUGGCAAUUACAUAGGCCUGAAAUUGAAAGAAGGUUGCAGGUACCUACAGGUCCUAGAUAGGAAAGUUUAUUUGCUCGGCUGUCACCUUACCCCAUCCAGCACAGAAACCAGGCCCCAUCUGUCCCUUCACUCCACGCUCUCAAGAAACGUGAAAGGAGGAAGCGGGCAGAGACACAGGCAGAGGGAGGAGCAGGCUCCCCACAGGGAGCCUGAUGCGGAACUCAAUCCCAGGACCUCAGGAUCUCGCCCUGAGUCAAAGGCAGAUGCUCAACCACUGGGCCACCCUGGCAUCCUGAUUCAACAAAUUUUACUCCGUUUUUCAAGUUGUACGAUCAUGAUGCGCAAUGCAGCUGUGGGGCACUUUCAUCAUUGGAGCAGCCGCUCUGUGACCCACAUCUGCCUCCCCCACGACCACGGCCGAGAGCUGAGUGCAAGAUGAACCAGCACACUGUCGCCUCAAGAUGCACCAGGCCCUCCGACUGAACCCCGAGAGCCCCAAAAUGUCCGCGUGCAGCGACUUUGUGGAGCACAUCUGGAAGCCUGGGUCCUGCAAGAACUGCUUCUGCCUGAGGAGUGACCACCAGCUGGCGGCCGGCCAUCCCCAGCCCAGAGCAGGCAACCCGCCCCCUCCGCCUCGCCUGCCCCCCAGGCCCGAGAACUGCCGCCCGGACGAUGAAGGGGUGAACAGCUCGCCCUACUCCAAGCCCACGAUCGCUGUGAAGCCCACCAUGAUGAGCUCAGAUGCCUCUGAUGUGUGGACAGAGGCGAACCUGAGCACCGCCGACGUCUCGCAGGUCAUCUGGAGACGAGCCCCCGGCAAGCUGCCCCUCCCGAAGCAGGACGACGUGCCGAUAGUUUACCUGGGCAGCUUCCGCGGCGUCCAGAAGGCUCCCGGGCCCGCCGCCUCCAGCGAGGGCCACUCCCGCGGCCCCCCCGCCUAUGCCAUGCUCGGCCUGCACAGCCUGGAGGCCCGAGGCGAGCGGAGCACUGCCUUCCACCCCGUGAGCUUCUCCAGUGACAAGGUCGGGCGAGAAGAUAAACCCAUGUUUUCCUACCAAGAGCUGACCUCCACCCAGGAGAGCUUCCGCCAGAAAGUGGCCGCCUUUGCUGGGACGACGUCCGGCUGCCACAAGGGCCCCGGGCCCUGCCCGGCGGCGCAGCCCCUGCGGGAGUCCCUGCCCUCGUUGGACGACAGCGAUCAGCGGUGCUCACCCUCAGGGGACAGCGAAGGGGGAGAAUAUUGCUCCAUCCUGGACUGUUGCCCCGCGAGCCCCGUGGCGGCGGACACCCCGCAGGCUGAGGGCUCUGGGUGCGGGCCCGGCAGAGGGGACUGCCCGCCGCUGUGCUGGGAGCAGGGACUGUGUGCGGGGCCCCCCGACGAGGAGACGCGGGGCUUGAGCUUCCCCAGGGAGUGCUGCAGCCAGGGCCCAGCGGAGAAGCCUCCCCGCCUGGGCCCCAAGAAGCUGUCCCUCACCUCCGAGGCUGCCAGUUCCUCGGACGGCCUCUCCUGCGGGAGUGCCAGCAGCGGGGCCAGCAGCCCCUUCGCCCCCCAUCUUGACAGCGAUUACUGCUCCCUCAUGAAGGAGCCCGUGCCAGGGAAGCAGCAGGACUCCGGCUGCCACGCGGUGACCUCCAGCAGGUGCCUCGGACUGCCUGGGGAGCCCCAGCCUGCAGCCCACCCCAGCGAGGCUGCACAGCCUGAACCCAUCUAUGCCGAGAGCACCAAGAGGAAGAAGGCGGUUCCAGCACCUUCCAAGCCACAGGCCACAGCGGAACAGGCAGCGGCUGCUCGGGGCCAGGGCCAAGGUCAGGGCCAGGUACGGACAGCUACCACCUGGGCUCAGAAAGCGGCGUCUGGCUGGGGCCGGGACAGGGAAGGCCCAGAUAUGGCUCCCCAGGUGGCAGCCACCAUCACAGUCAUGGCAGCCCAUCCAGAGGAGGACCACCGGACAAUCUACCUGAGCAGCCCCGACUCUGCGGUGGGGGUACAGUGGCCACGCAGGCCUGUGAGCCAGGACUCUGAGGCAGGCGAAGAGGAGGUGUCGGCCGGGCAGGCGCUGAGCUCCAGAGAAAGCCACCGCCCCGACGCGAGUGAGAACAGCCUCAAGGGGAAGCCUGCCAUUCCGCCCAAGCUGUCCAAGAGUAGCCCCGGAGGGUCCCCAGUGUCACCGUCGGCCUCCCCACUGUCUGACCUCAGCGAGGGGAGCUCCUCUGGUGGCACUGGGCCCCAGGCUUCGUCCAGGGGCCCCACCGACUCUGCUUCUUCCUGCCGGGCCAACGGCAUUGCCGCCAGUGACUCUGUCCGGUGCCACCUGCCUGCUGCCACCUCCUCGGCCUUGGACCAGAGGAGGCCCCGCUACCAGACUGGGGCCUGGAGUCGUCAGUGCCGGAUAGAGGAAGAGGAGGAGGUGGAGCAAGAGUUGCUGAGUCAAAGCUGGGGGAGAGAGCUAGAGAAUGGCACCACAGACCCCUCCACCUCCUCCACCUGGCACCGGCUCCGCCCCACGGACGGCUCCUCUGGGCAGAGCAGCAAAGUCGGGACUGGGAUGAGCAAGUCGGCCUCUUUUGCCUUUGAGUUCCCCAAGGACAGAAGUGGGAUUGAGGUGUUCUCACCUCCUCCACCGCCUCCAAAGUCGAGGCACCUUUUGAAGAUGAACAAGAGCAGCUCUGAUUUGGAAAAAGUGAGCCAGGGCUCUGCAGAGAGCCUCAGCCCUCCCUGCAGGGGCGUCCACGUCAACUUCACCACGGGUUCCACGGACAGUCUGGCCUCAGACUCCAGGACCUGCAGUGAUGGAGGGCCUUCGUCCGAGCCAGCGCACUCCCCCACCAACAGUGGGAAGAAGCUCUUUGCUCCUGUUCCAUUCCCUUCGGGCUUCACUGAGGAUGUGUCCCCCGGUGGCCCCCUCCAGCCCCCACCACUCCCCCAGAAGAAGUUAGUGAGCCGGGCAGCCUCCUCACCCGACGGCUUCUUCUGGACCCAAGGCUCUCCUAAGCCAAGAACAGCGAGUCCCAAGCUGAACCUCAGCCACUCAGAAAGCAAUGUGUGUGCCCACGAAGAGUCCCACUUCAGCUACUCCUCGAGCCCGGGGAGCCGCCACCAUCACAUCUUCUCCUCUUCCGAGCCCCUGGAGAAAACUUUCAAAGGCAGCGGCCACUGGGUGCCAGCCCCAGGGCUGGUGGGCAGCAAGAGCGGCUGUGGGAGCCCCGGUCUCCAAUGCAAAGGGGUCCCCUCGGCCUCGGCCUCCCAGCUGAGCGUGUCCAGCCAGGCGUCCACCGGCAGCACCCAGCUCCAUCUCCACAGCCUCCUGAGCAGCAUCAGCAGCAAGGAGGGCACCUACACCAAGCUCGGGGGGCUCUAUGCCCAGUCCCUGGUCCGCCUCUCGGCCAAGUGUGAGGACCUCUUCAUGGGCGGCCAGAAAAAGGAGCUGCGCUUCAAUGAGAAUAACUGGUCGCUCUUCAAACUGACCUGUAACAAGCCUUGCUGUGACUCGGGGGAUGCCAUUUAUUACUGCGCCACCUGCUCCGAGGACCCCGGCAGCACCUAUGCUGUGAAAAUCUGCAAGACCCCUGAGCCCAGAGCAGCCUCGUACUGCAGCCCCUCUGUGCCGGUGCACUUCAACAUCCAGCAGGACUGCGGCCACUUUGUGGCCUCCGUGCCCUCCAGCAUGCUCACCUCUCCUGACGCACCCAAGGACCCUCUCCCUGCACCGCCCUCACAGCCCCCUGCCCAGGAGCAGGACUGCGUGGUGGUCAUCACCCCAGAGGUGCCCCACCAGACCGCCUCAGACUUUGUGCGGGACUCAGCCGCCAGCCACCAGUCUGAACCUGAGGUUUAUGAGCGGCGCGUGUGCUUCCUGCUGCUGCAGCUCUGCAACGGGCUAGAGCAUCUGAAGGAGCACGGGAUCAUCCAUCGAGACCUGUGCCUGGAGAACCUGCUGCUGGUGCAUUGCUUCCCCCAGGCCCCCCCUGGCCCCUCCUCUGUCACCCCGGCUCCCCCUGUCUCCUCUGCCACCCCCAGUGCCCCCGCCGCGGCCACGUCCCCUUCCCCCGCUGCCGCUCCGUCUCCUUGCCCCCCUGCCACCCUCCCAGCCGGCGUCCCUCCCAGCUCCUCGGCCGCCCCCGCCUGCCAGGCAGCGCCCGGGGAGAAGUACCUGCCCCGGCUCAUCAUCAGCAACUUCCUGAAGGCCAAGCAGAAGCCAGGCGGCACCGCCAACCUGCAGCAGAAGAAGAGCCAGGCCCGGCUGGCCCCGGAGAUCGUGUCGGCCUCCCAGUACCGCAAGUUCGAUGAGUUCCAAACGGGCAUCCUCAUCUACGAGCUGCUGCACCAGCCCAACCCGUUCGAGGUGCGCGCACAGCUGCGGGAGCAGGACUACCGGCAGGAAGACCUGCCCGCGCUGCCCGCCCUGUCCCUCUACUCGCCGGGCCUGCAGCAGCUCGCGCACCUGCUGCUCGAGGCCGACCCCAUCAAGCGCAUCCGCAUCGGGGAGGCCAAGCGGGUGCUGCAGUGCCUGCUGUGGGGGCCGCGGCGCGAGCUGCUGGAGCAGCCCGGCUCGUCGGAGGAGGUGCUGUGCGGCACCCUGCACAACUGGAUCGACAUGAAGCGGGCCCUGAUGAUGAUGAAGUUUGCGGAGAGGGCGGUGGACCGCAGGCGCGGGGUGGAGCUGGAGGACUGGCUGUGCUGCCAGUACCUGGCGGCCGCAGAGCCGGGGGCCCUCUUGCAGUCCCUGAAGCUCCUGCAGCUUCUGUGAGCGCAGCCCACUCCCACCCGCCCCUUCCCCCGCCUGACCCCGGCCCCACCCCCAUGCCCGACCUUGCCUUGGAAACCUCUGCCUCCCCUGGGAAAUGGUACAAACGACUCUCAUACUUGGAUGUAAUAUAUAUAUAAAAUAUCUAAAUAUGAAA